AUGAACAGAGAGAAAGCAGCAGCUGCCAACAUAGAUGAAGUACAGAAGUCAGAUGUGUCAUCUACAGGGCAGGGUGUCAUCGACAAGGAUGCACUGGGGCCUAUGAUGCUUGAGGCCCUCGAUGGGUUCUUCUUUGUAGUGAACCUGGAAGGCAAUGUGGUGUUUGUUUCAGAGAAUGUGACACAGUAUCUAAGGUAUAACCAAGAAGAGCUGAUGAACAAAAGUGUAUAUAGCAUCCUGCAUGUUGGGGACCACACUGAAUUUGUCAAAAACCUACUGCCAAAGUCUAUAGUGAAUGGGGGAUCCUGGUCUGGUGAACCUCCUAGGCGGAACAGCCAUACCUUCAACUGUCGGAUGCUGGUAAAACCUUUACCUGAUAAUGAAGAGGAAGGUCAUGAUAACCAGGAAGCGCAUCAGAAAUAUGAAACUAUGCAGUGCUUUGCUGUCUCGCAACCAAAGUCCAUCAAAGAAGAAGGAGAAGAUUUGCAGUCCUGCUUGAUAUGUGUGGCAAGAAGAGUCCCCAUGAAGGAAAGACCAGUUCUUCCCUCAUCAGAAAGUUUUACUACUCGCCAGGAUCUCCAAGGCAAGAUCACUUCUCUGGAUACUAGUACCAUGAGAGCAGCCAUGAAACCAGGCUGGGAGGAUCUGGUGAGACGGUGCAUUCAGAAGUUCCAUGCACAGCAUGAAGGGGAAUCUGUAUCCUAUGCUAAAAGGCAUCAUCAUGAAGUACUAAGACAAGGAUUGGCAUUUAGUCAAAUCUAUCGUUUUUCCUUGUCCGAUGGCACUCUUGUUGCAGCACAAACGAAGAGCAAACUCAUCCGUUCUCAGACUACUAAUGAGCCUCAGCUUGUAAUAUCUUUACAUAUGCUUCACAGAGAACAGAAUGUCUGUGUGAUGAAUCCGGAUCUUACUGGACCAGCGAUGGGGAAGCCAUUGAAUCCAAUUAGCUCUAGCAGCCCUGCCCAUCAGGCCAUGUGCAGUGGGAACCCAGGUCAGGACAUGACCCUCAAUAGCAAUAUAAAUUUUCCCAUAAAUGGCCCAAAGGAACAAAUGGGCAUGCCCAUGGGCAGAUUUGGUGGUUCUGGGGGAAUGAACCAUGUGUCAGGCAUGCAAGCAACCACUCCUCAGGGUAGUAACUAUGCACUCAAAAUGAACAGUCCCUCGCAAGGCAGCCCUGGCAUGAAUCCAGGGCAGCCCACCUCCAUGCUUUCACCAAGGCAUCGCAUGAGCCCCGGCGUGGCUGGCAGUCCUCGCAUCCCGCCUAGUCAAUUUUCCCCUGCAGGAAGCCUGCAUUCCCCGGUGGGAGUUUGCAGCAGCACAGGAAAUAGCCAUAGUUAUACCAACAGUUCUCUCAAUGCACUUCAGGCCCUUAGUGAGGGGCACGGGGUCUCAUUGGGGUCAUCGUUGGCUUCACCGGACCUAAAAAUGGGCAAUUUGCAAAACUCCCCAGUUAAUAUAAAUCCUCCCCCACUCAGCAAGAUGGGAAGUUUGGACUCCAAAGACUGUUUUGGACUUUAUGGGGAGCCAUCAGAAGGUACAACUGGACAAGUGGAGAACAGCUGCCAUCCUGGAGAGCAAAAGGAAACAAAUGAUUCCAGCAUGCCCCAGGCCACAAGUGGAGAGAGAGCUGAGGGACAGAAUCGACUGCAUGAUAGCAAAGGGCAGACCAAACUCUUGCAGCUGCUGACCACCAAGUCUGACCAGAUGGAGCCUUCACCGUUGCCCAGCUCUUUGUCAGACACAAACAAGGACUCCACAGGUAGCUUGCCUGGGCCUGGCUCCACACAUGGGACCUCACUCAAGGAGAAGCAUAAAAUUUUGCACAGACUCUUGCAGGACAGCAGUUCCCCUGUGGACUUGGCCAAGCUAACAGCAGAAGCUACAGGCAAAGAGCUGAGCCAGGAGUCCAGCAGCACAGCUCCUGGAUCAGAAGUGACUAUUAAACAAGAGCCAGUGAGCCCCAAGAAGAAAGAGAAUGCACUACUUCGCUAUUUGCUAGAUAAAGAUGAUACUAAAGAUAUUGGUUUACCAGAAAUAACCCCCAAACUUGAGCGGAUGGACAGUAAGACAGACCCUGCCAGUAACACAAAACUAAUAGCUAUGAAAACUGAGAAGGAAGAGAUGAGCUUUGAGCCCAGUGACCAGGUGAGUUUUGUAAUGUCUUCUCUGAGGUAUUGUAACCUGUAUCCACCAAGGAUUUUCUCCACAGGGGCAAUUAGAGACUUAGAUGAUUGGGUAAAAAUAAGCUUUUUCCCUUAGUGGUUCUUACCUAAAACAGAGUUAAUUUGCAGUGAAUCUGCAUGUUUUGAACACUCCGCCUAGCAAAGAAUAACACUUGUAGUCAUAGGUUGGCAGGCUUAGUGGGUCGUGUAGUCUUGGUCACAGUCAUUCAUCUGUGCCUUUGUAGUACAAAGCAGCCAUCGACACUGCAUGAACAAACAAAUAUGGCUAUGCUUCAGUAAAUUUUACUAAUUGACUCUGGAGUAUACA